AUGAUGAAAUGCAAACCUAAAGAAAAAUUAAAUUAUUGUAGAAUAACAUACAAUAUUAGAACAUUUGUCAUUUCCCUUGAAAGGAUGAUAGUUUGUAACUCCUUAAGAGAUGACCUAAAAUUAUGGUAUUCUAAAAUUAAACUAGAAGAUCUAAUUUUAAGAAAGCCUAUUAUGAUAUUAGUCCUAAUAAGUUUAAAUUAGAAGAUGAAUUAAAUCAUGUAGAAAAUAAAAUUGCUAAACUAAAUCGAAUUGAAAUUACAAAAGAAUUAGUAGAAGGAUUUAUAAGAGAGUAUAAGUGAAGACAACAAAAACAAAUAAUAUCAUGUAAUUUUUCAAAAUAAAGAUUAAGCUGUGUAGAAAUUAUCAGUUUUAAUCAAACAAAAAGUUUAAAAAACACAUUAUUUGUCUUGAAAUUAGAGAGAACAGCAACUGUUGA